ACGACACACUCGACAACCCCUCAACUCGACCCGACUCAAAAUGGUGCGUUACGCCGCCGCUGCUGUUGUCGAAAACCCGGAUCGCUAUGCUCGCGCACGGGGCGAGUACCUCCGCACGCACUUCAAGAACAUGCGGGAGGUUGCUGCUGCUCUGACUGGCCUCAAGCUCACGAAAGCUUACUCGUACCUCGCCGACGUGCAGGAGCACAAGCAGAUCAUCCCUUUCCGUCGGUUUGCGGGUGGCGUUGGCCGGGAGAGCCAGGCGAAGCAGUUUAAGGCUACGCAGGGUCGCUGGCCGGAAAAGUCAUGCAAAUUCAUGCUCUCCCUCCUGAAGAAUGCCGAGUCCAACGCCGAUGCCAAGUCCCUCGACCUCGCCGACCUGACCAUCAAGUCCAUCGUUGUGCAACAGGCUCCCAAAACCCGCAGGCGCACUUACCGUGCCCAUGGUCGGAUUAACCCCUACCAGGGCCACCCGGUGCACAUCGAGGUGUUUUUGCAUGCUGCUGGGGAGGAGGUAGAGAGGGAGGAGAAGGAGGGCGCUGUUCUCCAGUUUAAGGGCCUGAACCGGAGGCAGGUAGCGAGGAAGAGGAUCGAGGCUGCCCGGGCCUGAGUAGAUUGACAGGGCGUUGUUUGCUAGGCAUUAUGCAGUAUGACAAUGCCUUAUGAUGAACAUACUCAUCUGACAUCACGGUU